GCCCUAGAUCUGCCAUUGAUUACAGUACGUACGUUUCAUUAACGCAUCCAGUACUAUAUACCUUUGUCUGUUUUAUGCGGACAAGCUGCAGAAAAUUUCACGGCAAUGGAAUUGCUAGAUAUCAUCGUAAUAACCUUCAGUUACCUAGGUUUCGUUUCUCUCUGCAAAAAUAUUGUGAGAUUUUGCAGGUGGGUAUGGGUCAUGUUCUUGAGGCCACCAAAGAAUUUGAAGGAAUCCUAUGGUUCAUGGGCAGUAGUCACUGGUUCCACUGAUGGAAUUGGCAAGGCUCUUGCAUUCGAGCUCGCAUCAAAGGGUCUGAAUCUAGUUCUGGUGGGUCGAAACCCUUCGAAACUUGAAGCCACAGCUAAAGAAAUACGAGCAAGAAAUGGCAAGAAUAAUGAUCAACUGCAGAUAAAAACAAGCGUCAUAGAUCUUGCAAGGUCUAAUGGAGAGGAGAUAUCAAGGGCAAUAGAGGAGUGUAUUGAAGGGUUAGAUAUUGGUGUUGUGAUAAAUAAUGCAGGAUUGGCCUACCCUUAUUCCAGGUUCUUUCAUGAGGUUGAUUUGGAGCUGAUGGAAAGCAUUAUCAAGGUGAAUGCAGAGGCAGCAACUUGGGUCACUAGGUCAGUGAUUCCUGUGAUGUUGAAGAAGAAGAAAGGUGCAAUCGUUAAUAUUGGGUCUGCAUCAUCUGUAGCCAUCCCUUCGUACCCAUUAAAUGCCAUCUAUGCCUCCACCAAAGCGUACCUAGCAAUGCUUUCAAACUGCAUCAGUUUAGAAUACAAGCAUCAGGGAAUUGAUAUUCAGUGCCAGAUUCCUAUGCUUGUAGCUACAAAGUUGAUAAGGAUAAAGAAAUCAAGCUUGAUGGUUGCAUCACCUGAGAAAUAUGCCAAAGCAAGCAUAAGAUGGAUUGGUUAUGAGAGAAUAUGCUGCCCCUUUUGGUCACAUUCUGUGCAGUGGUUCAUUCUCCAAGCAUUGCCUGAUGCUUUACUAAAUUGGUCUCUUUUCCGAUACUAUCUUGGAAUGCGCAGCAUGGGACUAAAGAAGGACUCCUCGAGAGCCAAGGGAAAUUAGGUGUGCUGUAAUAUUUAUAUAUGGUUUUUCAACUCUAUUUAUGGUGGCUAGUUGUACUACAAGAGGUGCAUCUUGUUAACUCUCUAAUGAAAUAUGCUUACCAUCA